AUUAUCCGCGCUCCACUCACCUAUCUUCUUGAUCUCCCAGGCAAGGAUGUUCGAGGCAAGAUGAUGUCGGCUUUCAACCAGUGGCUCAAAAUCCCCCAAGACAAGCUUGACGUUAUCAAGCGCAUUAUCAUGCUACUACACAAUGCAUCACUCCUGAUUGAUGAUAUCCAAGACUCCUCAAAACUCCGCCGUGGACUGCCGGUGUCGCACAGCAUCUUCGGGAUUCCUCAAACCAUCAAUGCUGCCAACUAUGCCUUCUUUCUGGCCCAGCAGGAGCUUCCCAGGUUGGGAGAUGUUGGCGCGUUUGAGAUCUUCACGGAAGAAUUGCUGCAACUGCACCGAGGUCAGGGCAUGGAUAUUUACUGGCGAGAUGCCUCCACCUGCCCAACCGAGGAAGAGUAUUUCACCAUGGUCUCCAACAAGACUGGAGGACUCUUCAGGCUGGCCGUCAAACUGAUGCAAUUGGCUAGCGAGAGUGACAAAGACUACGUUCCACUCGUCAGCGUUCUGGGAGUCAUUUUCCAAAUUCGCGAUGACUAUCUAAACUUACAGAGCGACAAGUACGCCAAGAACAAGGGGUUUGGUGAAGACCUGACAGAGGGGAAGUUUUCCUUCCCCAUCAUCCACAGCAUCCGCUCCAAUCCGGCCAACAUUCAGCUGUCGAGUAUCCUGAAGCAGCGAACAACGGACAUUGAUGUCAAGCUGUUUGCAGUUGCGUACAUUGAGUCGACAGGGUCGUUCGAGCAUUGUCGGCGAAAGCUUGUCGAGCUGACGGCCGAGGCGAGAGCAAUGAUGGAAACCAUAGCAGAUGGCCGAUCUGAAGAUAUGGAGGUAAUGGAUCACAUCUUGGGCAUGAUUGGACUGGAGGCCUGUGGGCUAGAAGUAGCAAGCGUUUGA